AUGACUCGUCCUGUGUUAGCUUUUGGUACUUGUUUUACCAGCCGUAUGGUAGUUGGUUUCAGUAUAUCUCCAUUGUUGGUUUAUGUGUUUAGGAUAGAGUUGGCUACUUUGGACGCGAGCUGUUUGCGGGUUGUUUGGUGCGAGGCUGUCGAGGCUGUCGAGCACAAGGCUAGGGGUGCUGGACCCACCAAGCUGCAACACUGCGAAUCGGCAGAAGUGGAAGAGACGUUGUCCAGAAGGCCUCUGACCAACACGAAGGCAUCAAAGUAUAGUGCAAUGAUUGGAAGAAUAAAGCCGAAACCUGUUUGA